AAAGUUGCGCGACUCAGCUGUUCUCAAAAGUAAACAACCUCUGGACAAAACUUUCUUUAAAGUAACUAAAUAAUACAAACUGAAAGUAGUUAAAAAUUGCGACUUGAAACUAGAAUUUCCAUUCUUAAUCUAUUACCAAUGUGAACAAAGUAUUUUUACCAGCGAUAGCCAUAUUAUCCCAAAUUAUGGAUCGUUGUCCUGGCCAAUAUUGCGGUCGCACUUUGUAUAACAAUGGUAGCUGGUCUGAUUGCGGCGCCUGUGAGCGAGGCUACCGUGUAAAUGAGUCCUUCAUAUGUGCGCUCUGUCGCGAUGAAUUAAACACCUAUUCUUGGCUGUAUUUAGGAUUUAUGGCUAUGCUGCCGCUAAUGCUGCACUGCUUCUUUAUCGAUCUACAUGCGAAAGAUCGCAAAUUCUCACGCAAGCAAUUGAUACUCACCGCCUGCGCUUUUAUCGAGGUAGCAGUUUCGGCAAUGCUUGCCAUCUUACUCAUGGAACCGAUGUGGGAAUUUCGUUUGCAUUCUUGUGGCGUGCGCAAAUUUAAUGAUUGGUAUACUUUAUUUUACAAUCCAAGUCCAAACUACGAGACUCGUUUACAUUGUACACAGGAAGCAGUGUAUCCACUUCAGACGAUUGUACUCGUAUUCUAUUUCCUAUGCUUAGCAAUUAUGUUUCUUAUCCGCCCAAUUGUGAGCGCCAUUACUGAUGUUCGUGGAAAAGCACCAAUUUACGCUGCGCUUUACUUUCUGCCGCUAUUGACCUCUAUUCAUGCUCUAGCUUGCGGUCUCAUAUACUGGUUUUUCCCGUAUUUGAGCAUUGGAAUUUCUAUGAUAACAAAUGCAAUACAUUACUCAGUAAAAUUGGACCAAUCCUUUAAGGCGUUGAUACGCUCGUCAUUAUUGGAAGUUAAAAAUUUCGUGAUAAUUUCUGUACAUUGGCUUUUGCUGGCCUAUGGAAUCAUCGCGCUAGGACACCAUUAUGCGUUCUUAUGCGUUAUACCAUUCCCUUCAAUUUUUUAUAUUCUCACAGUACGGUUCACGGACCCAGCCGAGUUUCGUGAGGUUGAAGUACGGCAAAACUAGUAUUAGAAAAGUUCGUUUAGUAAUUGUAAACAUUUGUGUUAACUCGUACUCAUGUUUUUCUUCGAAAAUGUAAAUGUCAAAUAUAUCGCAUAAAAAUACCAUAAACUAUUGGAAAACCUCAAUAAAUAAAUACCAAUAUAAUAUUUAAAAAACA